AUGGAGAAGAAACUAUAUGGGACAAUUUUGCUAUUCGUACUACUCUUCACCCAUAAAAUUAUGAUACAGUGUGAAGCAAGAAGUUGCUAUGCGAGGAGUAAGCAGUAUCAUGGGGCAUGCUAUUUCAGAAAUCACAUCAAUAACUGCAGAACAAUGUGCAAAGACGAAGCUUUUACCACCGGAAAAUGCGUGCACGGGAGUUGUUUGUGUUCGGUAAAAUGCGAAACUUCCGGAGACCCUAAUGUACAUCCGCCGCCGUCAAAUGAAAAAGAAGGUGGUGAUGAAGACAGUGAAGGUGGUGAUUGA